AAUCGAGGGUUCCAGAAGAAAGAGGGGAGAAAUUGGAAACUAGGGUUCUUCUGUUGAAGGCAAAAAAAAAAAAAAAAAANAAAACUCUAGAUCCGUGAGGAGCGAUGGGGGAGGUUAACGUAGACGGUGAGAUUCCACAUUUUUAUUUGAUUAAGCUGGGACCUGUGUCUCUGAGUUAUGAGUUUGGUUCUUUUCCUAAGAAUCUGAUUCCUCCGCAUAUUCGAUGGGACGAGAAGAAAGAGCCCAAGUACACGACACUGCAAGAGUUUUUUUUGAUAAAAAGACAAAUCAGGAAGAGCAAGGGAUUCGACAUCGAUUUCACACAGUUCCGCUCUGUUUUCAAUUACCGGCCUGUUAAUUUCGACAGUAAAGAGUUUGCUAAGCCGCCAGAGACCACUAGGGAGUUACUCAAGAGGCUGUCUCAAAAAUCCCUUAACAAGUACAACAAUGAAUGGUUUACGGAAUAUGAAUUUCUCAAUAUUGUCAAAGCCAAUUAUUACAUGUGUUCUGGUUUAAUGUUCUUCAUUACCUUUGAGGUUAGAGAUCCUUACGACAACCUGCCCAAGCUCUUCCAAACUAGUGUCUACUACUAUUAUGAGGAUGAGGAUCAGUACAUAUUAACCAGACCUAAACCCAAACAAAAUGUCAAAUGCGUUGGAACUGCCAAGACACAAAAAAGAUUGGCAUAGAAAGCUUAUGCAGUAUGCAAUGGUUGGGUGGUGGUGAGCACAAGUAGUGUUUGGAAUGUUAGAUAUUAUUGCAGAAUUGUUCUUAAUAAUAUAAUAUGAUAUCGUUAUGAUGACUGAACUUUCUAUUCAGAUUCGUGUAGUGGCUUGCUUUUGAACUUUUCCAAUCAGAUUCGUGUAAUAGGCAUGCUUCUUGUAACCUCUCUUUUGUAGACAUUGUUCUUAUUAUCCGUAUGCAACCUUGUAUGUUGUAUCAGAUUUCACUUUAA